UUUUGGGUGCCAAACAAUGUGGGAAGUAAGGAAUUAAUUAAGAAAGCAUCCCAAUAUGACUCUACAUGUACAAGAGACUCAGAGAGAUACACUUAUUAGACAAAUGUAGACCGUAGAGAAGUUUGAAUAUGACUUGUUCCGCCUUUGUCCUCACAAGUUAUUCCAAUUAAUGAAAAUGGAUAUGGGACCAUGUCCAAAGUUCCACUCUUUGCAGCUGAGAAGAGAAUAUGAAGAAGCUAAGGCAAAGGGCAUUGAUAAUUAUGAGAGAGAGUUGGAAGAUGCUAUUGAUAGGCUCAUUGGUGAGUGUGAUAGGAAAAUUGGUAGAGCUCUCAAGCGUUUUGAAGAUGAGGAUGAAAGGGUUGCUAUUGCUAUAUCAGUCUCUGAAGUUACUUAGGUUUUGCAUAAGUCUUCAUUUUAUCUGUCUGACCUUUCUCCCACUUUGGACUUACAGAUUUAUUUAUUUUCUAUGUUGAUGUUAUAGACACCAGAAGUACUAGAGCUUUCAAAGCAGAUUAAGGAGAAAUUGAAAGAAGCUGAUCAAUAUGGUAUCAUA